UUCAAGUAUCCGUCGCUGGAGAUUUGUCUUAUAGUUUUUUUAAAAGCUAACAACAAACAACUUCAAAAUGGUUGCAAUCAAGAAACAAAAAAAGGCAUUAGAUUCCACCAACUCGCGUUUGGCGCUUGUUAUGAAAUCAGGCAAAUACUGCUUGGGUUACAAACAAACUUUGAAGACCCUUCGUCAAGGCAAAGCUAAAUUGGUCAUUAUUGCCAGCAACACUCCUGCUUUAAGGAAAUCUGAGAUUGAAUACUACGCUAUGUUGGCCAAGACUGAAGUCCAAUAUUACAGCGGCACCAACAUUGAAUUGGGAACAGCCUGCGGUAAAUACUUCCGCGUCUGCACCCUGUCCAUCACAGAUCCAGGUGAUUCAGAUAUCAAGUGUUGA